AUGAGUUUCAGCAGGUCAGCUGCCGGUUCUGGGUGCUUGUUCUUUUCGGCAGACCUUAGGCAUGCGGUGGCCACACAGGGUUUGUGGUCUCAGGAUGUGGAGAUGACUAUUCCUGCAGUGUCGCUAGUGCCCCCAAGACUCGGCAAACAAACAGCCGCCUUGAGCAUUGCAAGCAGGUUGGUGGAAUGGUCCCAGUUCAAGUUGUCUUUGAGGUUGGUGGCAGGCAGCAGGCGUUUGCUGUUCGACGAAAUGUUGCCAAACAACCAGCAGAGCUAUGGGACACUCACCCUGAAUGUGCAGCCACGCCUCAUCGAACCUAGCAUUUUCAAACUGUUAGUUCACUUCAAGACAAAGCUUUGCUUGAGCAGCACCCUGCCUACCCCCAACAAGUGA